GUUUCUGCCUGCGCUUGGUAAUUCGACGUCCACGGGACAAAUAGAUUUACAACAGUGACAAAGCAGAAGUAUACCAACGUCGUUGUGGUAAGUAAGCAAGAUGCCCUCCGUGUACUUGGGUGUGCACUUACCCUUCAAGCCGUACCAAAAGCUGAAGAUAGAAGAUGUCGAUCUCGGCGGUCGUACCGAUAUGCUUUGGUGCCAGGCGUUCAGGCUGAUAAAGAGCGAUGUGGCACCGCAAGAGUUCGAGUUCAUCUAUUGCGGCACUCCGUUGCGAGCUGACGAUGUCCUUCAGAACAAAGGAGUCACCGAUGGGGCGAUGAUACAUGUCAUACACAAGCGUCGUGAAAACGAUCCCUCGGUCGACGAGGUGCAGCCACAGGAAGAGCGUCACCUCACCGAGGCAGAGGUGCAGAAGGUGCUUUGUCUGUGGCGAAUGGUAGAUUCGUCGAACUUCCAGAAAGUUCGCCAACCGGAGUUCAUGAAGAAAGUGCUCGACGCGUACCCGUCGAUCCGGCGCAACCUGUACGUGCUGUCGUUGCUCAAGGAUCCAAUCUUGCUCUCCUCGAUGCAGCAGCCGGAAACGAUUCGUCGGGUCGCCCUGAAGCAUCCGGUUUUGAUCGAAGCGUCGCGCACCAUUGUACAGCUGCUUAACUCGAAAAUGAUAUCGAAAGUGGCCAACUGCCACCUUUCGGCACCACUCGACAGUGCCCUCGAUGAUCCGCUGUCGGAUUCGUCGUCGAGCGACGAAAACACCGCUUCACCGACCACUUCGACGGCACCAGCCACGAUCCGGCGUAUUACGGCCGACCAGCUCGCUUCGGCGCUGGCCUUUGCCGGGACGGGCGGGUCGUAUAAUUCGCUGUCGAACAUUUCUCAGCGCGACGCCGACAAUCGAGCGAGUCAACAGGAUGGAAGCGCCGAAAGUCCAACCACCGCCAGCUCCACUGCCGUGAAUCUGCCCUCAACGUCCGCCAGCCAACCAUCCACCAGUGCCGGUCCCGCGGCAACUUCCUCGGGUGAUCGCAUCACAUCCUCGAUGCUGUUCGACGCCAUUUCGAUGAUGUUCCAGCAGCAACGUUCCGGUGAAGGUUCGACAUCGGCCGGCACUUCUUCCGCCAGAGCAAGUACGGCGGCGGUGGCUAGCGAUGGUGGGGAAGCCACGGCCAACCAAACGGCGACGGUGGACGAACCGAUGGACACCACUCCUACCCCGGCUGCGCCUGCUGCCCCGAUGGGAGGCGAUCUUGGAGUGCAGACACAAUCACAACAUACGGCCAUGGCGGCCAGCAUCGGUCAGUACCGUAGCGAGCUGGAGCUGAUGCGCGAGAUGGGACUGACCGACACGGAGACGAAUCUACAGGCGCUUAUCGUUUGCAACGGGAAUGUAGAAUCGGCCGUCAAUCUCGUACUGAGCGGAAUGAGCAACUAAUUCGAACGCCGGCCAGCGGGACCGUUUCGUUUUUAUGUAGGGUAUUAUGUAAUUAUUUUAUUAAUUUGUCAAAACUCUUUGCUGAGGCUUCAAACGAUCAAGCCUGUGAAAAUAACCAACAUUAAAUGCGAAUAAAGUAUACAAAAUAAAUUUAUACAACAAACAGAAGUGUGAUUUCUGUAGUAUCGCUAGCGAAACCCGGGCGCUAAAAACAUGACCAACACGGUCGUUACCCCAUGAAGAAAAAGUCAUGUAUGAAUUAAUUUUGUAAACACAGUUGGGAUUUUGUUACAUGCCGUU